GAGCCCCGCCGAGCUGACGACGCCGCGCCCACGCGGUCCAUGAUCGUGUGGCCCCAACCUCGUGGCCAUACAACUGGACGGCGGAAACCCGUCCAGCCGGUUUGGGUGAUGCAAAACACACGGGGGCGCCAUCUGGGUAAACUCGCAAGGCUUCAGGCCCAGGCGCUGGGCUGUUGGCCUGGAGGGGAGCCCUCCGCCUUAGUGCUGGCAGAUCUGGGCCAGGGGACUGAUCGGGGAGGGGGAGGCUCCUCUCCCUCUCUCCCCGAGGCAUAAGAGUGCGUGGCUACUCACCGACGUGAUUACAUACCUCGUGUUGCUGUUGCUCCUCUUGUUUUUGUUGUUGCGCUUGAAAUACUCCAUGUUCUCUCGCCGGUAACCUUUCAUCAAGCCGUCCUGAUUGGAAGAAGAGAAAAGCUUCAUGCGGUUAUCCACCGGAGAGGCAGGCUUACCCUGCAGAAGGCGAGUCAAUUCCGAUGCUCUCCUGACCAUUACGGAAUCCAACCAGAUAUAGCAAGACGUUUUGUUUAUUUUUUACUCUUUCGUCUUAGUCUUUGAUGUAGGAACUUCUGUGACGAGAUGAUCUUUUAAAACAGCACGGAGAGAGUUAAGGCUACCAAGCGAGCAUCCUCAACAUCAUCCCUGCCUCAUUUUCAAGAGGGAAAUGGAUCCAGGGAAGGUCUCAGGGAUGCACGUUGGUAGCUCUAAGAGAGGAACAAAAAAAAGUAAGGCAUGUGAGGAAAAGUGUCUGCUUGAGAGGCGCCUGAAAGAGCCAGGAGUGAGCCGAGAGUUUAUCACUAAGUGAUUGCAUAAUAUGAUCCAUGAUGAUAGACUAUGAGGACUUCGUCUUUGAUACGAGGGCUAGGAAAUAUAUAGUGAUUUAACUUCCUCUACCUCUUUUUACUGCUUCUAGUUCCAACAAGGGAAGCAGGCAUGUUUUAUUUGGAUCAGUAAGUAAGAUCAAAACAAAGGAAAAGACCUCCCAAGUUGAGGUUCAUUUUUAGCAUUCGAAUCUACAAUUUUUGGUGGCCAUGAACCAAGAUGGACUGUCCUCCUCAGCCCAGAAAGAGAGGAGAAGCGUUCGUUCGUCGACUUCCGUGUCCCAAGUGUUGGACGAUGAGGGAGCAGAGGGGUCCAGCGGCUAUUGCUCUGUGGAGUACACGCUGGUAACCGACCUUCUCACUGGUGUUUCUGCCGUUCGCGAGCCCCCCUUUGCACAUAUCACGAGCGAGCGCGCGGUCUUUCUGAAUCUGUAUCACGUGCAACUGGGCUCCGUUUUUGGCUUUCGGAUGCUGAACAGGGCAGUAUCGGCACUAGACUUCACAACGGUAUCCGAAGACUCCGACAUGCCGUUAGGGGUCUACCACGCAGGCGUUGAGGUGUUCGGCCGCGAGUUUCAGUAUGGCUUUGCAGCCAAGGUUAAGGCACGCGCAACAAAUGGAUCGUACGAAGUGAGAUUUCACGGUCAUCGUACUACAUGACAUGUAUUCACAAGAAAGUUCUCACGAACAACAUUUAAAAAAUGAUAAAGAGUUAUCACGAUGAGUGCCUACCUAGGAAGAAGUCUGUCUCUCAAUGUAAAUGUUGUGAAUCUCAUAUUUAUAUAUACUCUCUUUUUAACUUGUCAGCAUUUGUUCGUCGUGUGUGACAUUUGAUAAACUCAUCUACUCAAUUAUAUGAUCUAAUUUGAGUUGUGGUAUUCAUUGUCUGCGCCCACGGGUAGCGCGCCCACACCUCUAUGCGCGAUCGCUCUAUCUUGGCGAGACGCCCUCCGGGCGCAAGGGAGUCUUCGCAGAGAUCGUUGGGCGAAAACUGGCGCCCUCAUGGCAAGGAGCGGAUUACGUUAUGCACUCAAUAAACUUUUGUAGCUACGACCUGAAUUCGUAUGCUGGUCUACUUGUUGAUAACUGUCUAGUCCAUUCAUCACUUUCUAGGUUCUGGAAGAAUACAGGAGUGCAAUCAUGAUCUUUAAUCUGUCGUGGGGUAAGUCGUACACAGGUGCAUGAUAGAUAGUUCUUGCAAUAUUUAUCUUCAAGUGCAGGUUGGAGGUUGUACUUUUAGUCUUGUACUACUUCUAAUGCAGGAGUCUUGUUAUUGCGAGUGGGUGGAAGUAGUAUUAAUACUGCAAGGCGACCAUUUUCCUAAGCUCUUAGUUGUGGACCUACUAAGACGUAGUCGUGUAGGCAUUUCUAAUAGCAACACGCAGAAGCGGAAUUGCCUUGAUUUCGCGCAGUGUCUGGCAGAGGCAUUAGAGGUGGAUCACAAAAAACUGGACCCUUUGAUACAAUAUAGCCGCUGGUGGCCUUUUUCUGCUGCAUUAUCUUGAGAAAUGCAUCCACUUGUCGGCGUUGUAGACUCGUCUACGGUAGUUAUGGAACGACUACGGCAGGAGUUCACGCAUACCAUGAAAUAACCGAGGCAUUAUUAUCAUCCUUUCGCAAAGAGACUAGGCGGCCUUACUAGAUCCAACAAGCACAGCACACCGACGCACUAUCCGGCCUCAGAGAGAAAGGAAGCGAGGAGCCAGUUACGGUUGUAAACGACUCCCCCGAGACGAGAUGCCUGUUGCGUUGGUGAAAGCACUUUUUUGGACCAUAGGGCUUUGGCCGUCCAUUCGUGGUGGAACAGGAUACUGAUCACGACUUGUCUCAUCCCGUCGACUGAGGAUACUUCUGGAGGCACGUGCCCACUCGCCGAGACGAACAGCAGACUAGUGGAUGAGCCGACGACUGAAUACUUUGCAUCACUGGGUUAGGGAGCAGUGUGCGCACUCGAGGAUGACGAGUUUUCACGAUUCAGGGUGUAGACGCUGAGGGUUUCAACUGCAAGUAACAAUCGAUGCAUCAUUAAGUGCUUCCCCGUUAUGAUGGUCUGGACGAGCGGUCUUCAAGAAGGCUGCGGUCUUCAGAUUUUCUCUAAGCACUUGGAGACAUGCUUUGCAUGUAGCGUAAGUAAUCAAAAGUAAGAAAAUAUGGAGAACGAGACAAGAAAUUGUAUCACGAAGAAAGACAUGAAAGAAUUCCUUUUCCUUCUAAAUAGGAAAUAUUGUUUUAGCUCUCUGACAUCCUCCUUGAGACGACUGCAAAAGGGAAUAAGGUAGUUCUUGUUUGUUCUAUCAUUUCAAGCAGCCCUUUUCCUAUCAUGCAAUGGAUCAUAGAAGGCGAUCGUUUUGUUGACGAGUAGGAAAGAAGUUUCUGAACUGCGUGAGGCGCGCACAAUAAGUACUCCAUUUGAAGAAAUGACCCACAACGAGCUCUGAUGAUCGUUCAGCGCUUUGGCCCCCUGGAUCUUCGUAUCAGUCUUUGACUACGUUUCUCGCUAAGACCACAUUUGCCCUGAUUCUUGUGUCUUUCUCCACUCUCUCGCUCUUUUUCCAAGGUUUUGGAUAAG